ACGCUUAUUCAAAUCACGUGACACAAGAUAGCGUCUUUUCACUGAUUUAGAAGUGCCAAGAAAUUCACAAAUUUGUUUUGAGAAAUUUACGUCUUCAGGAGUGUUUUUAUCGUUUUUACGAACUUAUUGCAUUGUUUUUACCAAUCGGAAGACUACAAAACAAGAAUACAUCAGUGAAAAGUAGAUCAUGCCUAAACGGAGAAAGGCACCAGCAGCCCAAGGGGAUCCCCAGGCAGCAACGCCUAGCAACACAGUCACCCGGAAAAGACAAAAAACAGUUUCCGUGCAAGAAAUUGACUAUCAGAAACUGGCGGAAGAAAUUCUGAAACAACAAAGAGCAACCAGCUCAUCUGCUAGUGCCACAAUUUCAGUGCCACCAGUAACAAGUAAUGUCAGUAAUGAGACAGUUCUAACUCAACCAACGCUCCUGACAGCUGCACAAUUGCCAACUGCCCCGGUACAAGAGCCAGCGCCAGCAGUAAUUCAAAAUGCCUCAAGCAAUGCCACACAACAAAUGCCUGCCAUAACAAGUCCGAGCACAUCUACCUCAAGCAAUGCCACACAACAAAUGCCUGCCACAACAAGUCCGAGCACAUCUACAAAUGCAAACAACUCAUCCACAGAUGUGACAGUGUCAUCAUUGGUUUCUCAAAUUUUUGGGACAAAUGAAGGCUGCAUUCAGUUCCAUGCCUCAUUUAAACCAACAACAGACCCAAAUACCACUGAAGUCAUUGGCAAUUUGAGUCAGCAAGCACACCACCUUCUGUCAGCAGCCUUGUCCAACACCACCAAGUCUGCCUACAAAAGAAGCUGGGAUUUGUUGCUACAGUUCAACCCCACUGUGACCUCGCUACCAAUUUCCUCUUCAGUGACAGCGAACUUCAUUGCUCACCUCUUUACCAUAGGUUAUUCCCCUAGUAGCAUAUCAUCUCAUAUAUCAGCCAUAAGCUAUCUACAUAAAAUUCUUGGUCUCUCAGAUCCAUCAGAUUCAUUUUUGGUCCGGAAAAUAAUGCAGGGAUGUCACCGUUCGGCUCCUAACAAAGACACCAGGUUACCAAUAACGGGCCCCAUUCUACAUAACUUAGUUUGCGGUUUACAAAAAUCUGUGCAAAAUCUACACUAUAGAAUCAUGUUAAAGGCCAUUUUUCUGUUGGCAUUUAAUGCCUUUUUACGCUUGGGUGAACUUGUAGUAAAAACAAAAGGUUCGUUAAACACAGUCAUUCAACGAGAAGAGGUUUCUUUUGAAUUUUCAAACAACUCCCCCUCUGCAGUUGUCCUAUUACUGAAAAAUUUCAAAACAAAUAAGAAAAAAGACCUUUUCCAGAUUCACCUGAGAGCCUUGGACAACAGUGACAUGUGCCCUGUUUUGGCAUUAUAUCUCUAUCUUCAAGCCUUUAAUCACCAGUCUGGUCCCCUCUUCCAAUUUAUGGGAGGUGACCCAGUUCCUUAUGCAUUUGUUUCAAAAAAUUUACACAACACAGUUUUGUUCAUUGGUUUAAACCCUGCCCUGUAUAAAGGUCAUAGCUUUCGCAUAGGAGCUGCAACUCAUGCAGCCCAGCAAGGUUUUUCUGAGAAUUGCAUACAGAAAAUGGGCAGGUGGAAUUCAGAUGCUGUACGGAGAUAUAUCCGUUUACAGAGCUUUGUUAUUUAAAAUGUUAUUUGAAAGCAUUCCAAAACUGCUCUGUGAAUUCGAAUCUAGUCCUGUAAGUCCCUAUGGUUAGAUAUUGUCACAUAGGUCAGAAGUAAACUGCUAUGUAAUUUUCCUAAUCAGUCUUUCCAAUUUUGCCUCACGCCUAAAUACACAGGUCAGAAGUAAACUGCUGUGUCAAUGCAUACUUUUAAAAUUUUUACAUACAAAGCUUGCACAGGACAGAAGUAAACUGCUGUGUAAACAUUCUGUUUUUUCCUCAUACCAUUUAACAUAAUUAGAUUCAUUUGUUUUAAAAUAAUUUUUCUUUCUUACCACUUAUAACACAAACUGUGCCUACUGGUUCAUGUUUCACCAUCAUGUUUUGAAGCAAAUGAUUUGUAUUUUUCGUUCAUUUAUGUAUUGGUAAUAACUUUCAAUAUGUUGCUACUCCAUUGUAUUUGACAUUCUGAGCCUUGCUAAUUUUAUUGUUUGUGUUGUAUAUUAUAAUGCUGCAUAGACUGUACGAUUUUAUGUUAUUAUAUGCUUAUUAUGCUAUAUAGACUGUAUGAUUUUGUGUUGUUAUAAUGCUGUGUAGACUGUAUGAUUUUGUGUAUAUAUAUAAGGUUCUGUAGACUGCCUGAUUUUGUUGAUCUGGCUAGUCCACCUGUUUUGGCCUUGUUUUUUGCAAACAGCUUUUCAUAGCAGUUUGCUUUUGGUGGCAGCUUUUUGUUUUGACAACUUUGUGGUUUAUAUACUUUUUAUUUGUCAAAAUAUUUUUGCCAAAGUAAUGUUUGUUUGCAACAGGGGAGAUACCGUUGCCAAAUUUAUUGUUCUUUGUACUCAGGAAAUAUCCCGGUGAUCUCCCCUUAACUUUAUCUGUGUUAUAUACUUAUUGUCAUUUAAUAAAUGACAAUUCUCACUCAGUAUACAUUGUUUGUUAUAUUUCAACUUUUGCGGUAGUCUAGCCAGAUCACUAGGGUUACAUAAUACAGCAUUAUUGUAAAUAAUAGCCUUUAUGUAAUCUAUGAUGUAAUGUAGUUCAACUUUCAUGUUUGUUUGAGUCUUAUUGUGUUAUUAGCUGUCUCCUUUAGAAAAAAGUGGUAAUUAGCCAAUCGUAACGCUUAUUCAAAUCACGUGACACAAGAUAGCGUCUUUUCACUGAUUUAGAAGUGCCAAGAAAUUCACAAAUUUGUUUUGAGAAAUUUACCCACCCUCCGUCCCCCUUCAUACUCCAUAUUGUAGUCUCAAAAUUAUGUUUUGUAAUUUAUUUAUCAUAAUAUAUACCUUGUGCCAUCUUACUUGCCAUCGUGCAACUUUUGUCUUGUCAUUUUAUUAAUUUUUUCCUCUUUGAAUACUUUGUUUGCAGCUUUUUGUUUUGACAACUUUGUGGUUUAUAUACUUUUUAUUUGUCAAAAUAUUUUUGCCAAAGUAACGUUUGUUUGCAACAGGGGAGAUACCGUUGCCAAAUUUAUUGUUCUUUGUACUCAGGAAAUAUCCCGGUGAUCUCCCCUUAACUUUAUCUGUGUUAUAUACUUAUUGUCAUUUAAUAAAUGACAAUUCUCACUCAGUAUACAUUGUUUGUUAUAUUUCAACUUUUGCGGUAGUCUAGCCAGAUCACUAGG